AUGCGCCGUGUCGUCAGGCAACAUGUCCGCUAGGAGUUGCGAGGGUUGAGGGAUGCAGCGCGAUAUUCUGACACCGGAUUCUUUUAGCUGAAUCGAUUGAUGUGACCGAAAGUAUUUAACGAAACUUAAGACGAAUUCGUACGUUUAACCAUAUAUUGUUAUUGCGUUUUGGGUGAAUUGUGGUUGUGACGUUUAAUGUGUUAGAUUUUCAACGAGGGACGUAUUGAUUUUGAUGUUUAAAGACCCGCGGGGUGCUCGUUCUAGGGAGGCUUACACGGUUUGCAGUGGCCGAGAUACGAAUACGUAUACAGAAUGAACGAGGGAUCACCACGCUGGCUUACCACUGAUCUGUCUGCCCUCAAAGGCACUACGGAUGAUCUUUAGAAGGCAGAGGGCAUGAAGCACCGAACUCAUGCAGUGGCGAAAAUACGUGCGAAUCAAGUACGGUGGUCGAGUUGGUGUCGGUGGUCCGGUUGGUCAAGGACAGCAAGGGCAGCAAGAGCAGCGACAGGUGCGCGUGGUCCAACUCCAGCGGGAAGGAGGCAGAGGAUUCAAUUACGUCUUUCAUCAGCCUUGUCAACCUCCGGAACCUCAGCGCAGCUGCAGCGCUGCAGCCAUGCUGUGCUGUGGCCGCAGAAAGGAGGGGCGGGGAGAGGUGACAGACAUAAGUGCAAGCCCUGGGAGGCAGGUCCCUGCCAACCAACUGCGUCCCAAGGAGCCACCCCCUAUGGUGAUCCAAGGAGACUUCAGAAAGAAAGGGCUUCCGUUGCAGGUCAGUGGAAUCAGUACAGAGAUAUUCAAGCAAAUCGAAACUGUCGAGAACGAUCUCGAUGCAUCAACUGCAGCCGCGCUAGAAGCUGUAGAUCGGCGUGGCGAAAUGGUUGUUCAUGUCAUAGAGCCACGCCAAAUGGGCAGGCAGGCUUCAGAAGCUGCCAAAAAAUUUAUGGCAAUGCAGGAUCCUAAACACCCCGUGCAUCUAGUCGAGAUAAUUAAAAGACCCGGACAAACCUUGGGCCUCUACAUCCGAGAAGGAAAUGGCAUCGAUAGAAAUGAUGGAGUUUUCAUAUCAAGGAUUGCCCUGGAGUCUGCUGUUUACAACAGUGGUUGCUUAAAAGUUGGAGAUGAAAUCUUGGCAGUCAAUUUGGUCAGUGUCUCGCACAUGGGUAUCGAUGAUGUAGUGAUUAUAAUGUCGAUACCUCGAAGAUUGAUCUUAGCCACGAGGCAUGGACCUCAUCAGCCAGUAUCACAUAGCCGUCAAAAUGAACACAAAGCCCCUCCUGUGGUCGUUAUCAAACGCGAGCUCAAUGAAGAUGAGAGCGACCAUACCACAAGCAAUCAUAUUAGAGAUAGUAGUCGUCGGAGAGGUGAUGGAAGAGAAAUGUUACCCUCUCGAUCGCGAUUGGGCUUAACAGGGCUUGGAUCUAGUCAAGAUUUGGGGUCAAGUAAUGGCGACCUGUACUAUAAUUCUAGGCCCGAAGGUCAUUGGUCUUAUCAGCCUCCUCCACCACCAGUUAUCACUCAUCAACCAAAGCCAUCAACUACGCAGCACUUCCAACCAUAUGAGCGAGGCUAUCCAAAAACUCUGGAAAGUCUUGCAGAAAAAGAUUUCACAAAGGUACACUCAUUUUACACUGGACCAGUUAUGCCGUCGAAUGGUGGCCGUCGAAUGUCGACAGGUGGAGGAAUGCAAUCAGUGGCUAGCAGAUUAUCUGGGCAAAAUCAGUCAGCUCAUUUUGGUUAUACGCAGCAUAGCAGUAGCGGACGUAUUAUGCCUCGUAGUGGAUCUGACCAACAUCUGCCACGAGUUGAUUACACGAGCAUGACGACACCUGCUCGUCACACCUUAUUAAGAUCAAGCUUGAAAUCUGGAUCAUCGACACUUCGUUACAACUCACGCUACAGUACGCAAAACGAUACAGGAUCAGCUUCACAGAGGCAAGGGCAAUUCGGCACACUGACUAGAAGGCAUAGACCUUCUCUUGAUUAUGCUUCUGAUACGGAGGCAACAUGUUCUAGUUCGCCUAGAUCCGCAUAUUAUCAUUAUAGACACAACAUGAAUAACCCAUCGCAGAGCAGCGCUGUCUCUCAUUUAGCUACGCUAUCCAGAUCUCAGAUUGGGCAAAGUUCCUCAGGAUUACGGUCUAAUUCAUUACCAAGAAGCGGUAGGACGUUGCCACAACAACCGGGAGUUCGUACAGGACUCAGCACAGUAACUUCUGGUCUUAUAGAUCAAGAAGAUAGUGACGGGGCUUUGUCUGCACCUGAGUUACCAUCAAUUAGGCGAGAUAGAGGCAGAAUACCAUCAUCUCCAAGUGUAUUCACGUCAGAUGAGUACAGGGCAUGGUUGAGUCGUACUCCAAGCACUAGUGCUCUUUAUGAACAGAUCAGAGCUACUACCAGCAGACCACCACGUUACACUUAUAGCGCUGAAAAUAUACAUGCUGCUGCAAAUCAGGCUGAAUAUGGCGGUUAUGGUUCAUACAGGCCAAUGUCCAGUACGUUGGAUCGACUAUCAACAAGAUCUGCAUCUGCCCAACAAGUUAAUCUAGCAAAUCUCCGAGCUUCGACGGCUAUUAGUUCAUCGUGCCAUCGUACAUCAACAAAUCCACGGCCAGCAUCUGUAGCCUCCAAUACCCGAUCAUCUUUGUCUAAUCCGAAGACUGCUCUGAGUAACUCAGCAAGUCAGAGAGCCAGUUCUGUUAGAAGAAUUAGGAAUUUAUUGGACCUAGAAUCUACAAGAAACAUACCAAAUCCUACUCCAACUAGAACUCAAGAUCAAAGACUGUUAGAUAUUAACCCUGCAGAGUUUCUCAAGUAUAAAAUAGAGAAGCCACCAACAGUGGGAACUCCCAGUUCCACGAGCUCUUUGUUGAGUUCUCUUGGCGAAGCCAACGCUGGCGGAGAUUUAGCUAGCGGCGUAAGUGGUUUGCUAUGGGUCCAUCUAUUGGCAGGUCGUGGUCUUCGAUCAACAACCUCUUCGUCAGCAGCCACUACUCCAUCUACACCUUCUGGACAGCCCAGCCUUGGUAGCUGUGGCUUGAGAGAUCUUUAUUGUGUACUCGAAUGUGAUCGAGUGCACAAGGCCCGUACUGUCGUUCGUACUGGAGACUUGAUGUUUGACUGGGAUGAAACAUUCGAAUUGGAUUUAGUUGGCAAUCGUCAACUCGACCUUUUAGUAUAUUCAUGGGAUCCUCAACACCGACAUAAAUUAUGCUAUAAGGGAUCAGUACAUCUAGGAACUUUAUUAAAGGAGUCUCCUCUUCAUCAAUUGGCACUUAAGGUCGAACCACGUGGUACUCUUUACUUACGCCUUCGUUAUACUGAUGCUCAUCAGACUUUUAAACGACGUGGACUUCCAGUCAUAUCUCUUGCAACAAGAGUAGCUCCACUUUUUGGCGUUGACUUAGAUACUGUGGUAAGCCGAGAAAGCAAAACUGGGGGUGUUCCUGGCGGAGUUUCGACUGCUCUGGUGAUGUCGAGUACCCAGAAUGUUCCUAUUAUUGUAUGGCGAUGCGUGGAAGAAGUUGAAAGGCGAGGACUUGAUAUAAUUGGCUUGUACAGACUCUGUGGCUCGGCAACAAAAAAAAGAAUACUCCGCGAGGCAUUUGAGCGGAAUGCGAGAUCCGUCGAUCUUUCGCCGGACAACGUUCCUGAUAUUAACGUUAUAACAGGAGUCUUAAAAGAUUACUUGAGAGAGCUGCCAGAACCUCUGUUUACUAAGUGCCUCUACCAAAUGAUGGUCGAUGCACUUGCCGUCUGCUUACCUGAUGAUCCUCAGGGCAAUGCUAAGUUGAUGUUCAGUAUACUGGACUGCCUACCAAAAGUGAAUAGGUGUACGUUAAUUUACUUACUUGAUCAUCUGGCAAUGGUAGUGUCACAAUGCAACAAGAUGUCUCCAGCAAGUUUAGCAGUGUGUUUUGGUCCAGUUUUGAUGCUUCAUUCUGAAGAUAAUGGACCUCAUUUGGACUUCCAACAGCCUAUAGCAGUACUUAAAUAUCUCCUAGAAAUAUGGCCUGUAAAGUCAGUUCGGAAGAUUUCUUCAGCCGCUUCAACGCUAACUCGAGUUACGCCAGCAAGUUCGCAGCAAUCAGUUCACAGCAAUCAGUCGGCUCCUCCGGCACAGGGAACAUUGGGUCGCACAGGGCCGCCUUGGCAGCAGCCACCCUCACUUCAUCAUCCACCCCCCACUGCAACCCCCAUAACGCUUUCAACCUCCACUCGACCUCCGCUACCAAUCAAACCGCGACAGGUGAUAGUCUCAUCCCCCGGUUCGCCUAGCAGCGAAGAAUCUGCUUCUCCGGAACCAGUUAACAAAGGACUCGGCGGGUUGGGCUUCGCGAAUAAUGAAACGACUGAACAAAUAACGCCCACUAGUAGCGUAGACACCGAAGAGGGAAAUCCUGCACACCCAGAAGAAGGAGAGCGUGGUGUAGAAGGGGAUGCGGAAGCAAGUGACGAGGAUGUAUCAAAAUUACGUUAAUGUUGCUGUUCCGUAACGUGGUAACGUGUAUAAAAUGGAUAGUCAAUUGAGAAGCUGCUCAGUGAGUACCGAUACAGAGAUAUACUUUCGACAAGACGCUGAUUAACAGUUCUUGUAUCAAAGAAUACAUUGUUAUAUAAAUUUUUAAAUACUAUAAAUGGGAGUACCAUACGUUACGAAUCCGAGUUACCAUUCGUUUAAAUUUACAUAUAGGUUUUGAUAUUUCGUUCAUUAUGACAUGUAUUGUUUUGAUUGUGUGUAUAAUUACUAUGCCAAUUCAACAUCACGCGCGUGAGUCUAGUAAAUGUGGUUUUUCCUGCGUUUUUACAAGCUUUCGAUGAAUAAAUUUUUAAGUGAAUGACAUAAAACGUUGAUUUCUGAUUAACUUCACUACGAUAUUUACAAAUUGGUUACAAGAAAGAUCGAUUUAUACAAUGUACUAUACAUACAUACUUAUAGAAAUAUCACUAUAUACAUGUGCUUUUGAUAAAGACUAUUAUUCAUAUAGCGUUAGCUAGACCUACGUACGCAACUAUCUAUAAUAACUAUACGAAAUAUGAAAUCACAAUAUUGUAUAUGUGACAAUAGAAACCAUGGAACUCACCAAACGAUAAUAAUUUCAAGUUACGAAAAACUAACUUUUAACUAUUAAUAGCCAGUAUUAUCAUAUACAUCUUCUACAUCUUAACCCGAUUGCAUAUGUGAGCGUAUCUAUACGUAUGCGAAAGGUAAAGAAUUUUAAAAACUAUUAGGUAAGUGAAAUGAAUAGGCAAAUACAUAAAUAUCCAAAGUGAGACAUAGCACUGCAAAUAUAACUAAUAUUUGUAAAAUACACUUUCGCACAGUUAGAUGUAUUGUGAAUAAAAAAAAAAAUAAAUAACAAAAAAAUAUUAA